AUGCCGAAAAGCAGCAGCAGACGCGCAGCUGCGUUCCAAGAAGUGAAAAACCCCUCCUCGUCCACCACAUCGUCCCUCUCGCGCCUGCGCAAAAAGAUCCGCGACCUCGAACGUCUGCUCAAGCGCGCACAGCAAGCCCAGGCCACCAAUGGCGGCAAGAACACCACCGCGCUUGCGCACCGCGAGCAAGAGCGCGCGCUCAAAGCUCUGAAACUCGAACUUGCUUCCGCAGAGGCGGGAUCGCAGGCCAAGAGACUCGAGCGUCGGUAUCAUCAGGUGCGGUUCGUUGAGCGCCGCAAGGCGGAUCGGAAGGUUACAAAGGCUAGGAAAGCGCUUGAUGUUGCUGAGAAGGCUGUUGAGGAGGCUGGAGGUGACAAAGCUACCAAGAAGGAAGCAAAGAAGCAAAAGAAAGAGGCCGAGCGGCAGCUGCGUCUGGCGGAGCACGAACUGACUUACAUUGUCUGCUUUCCCGAAACCGAGCGAUAUGUCUCGCUCUAUGUCGACGGCGGUCUCGAGCGUAUGCUCAACGACCGGACGAAUAUCGAGAGCGAGAACAAGACAGACAAGAAAAGACGCGAGUGGUGGGACGCAUCUGGCCGGAUGCUCGAGAACGGUGAAGUCAACGUUGACUCGCUGAUGUUUGGAUACCGCGGCCAAAAGUCGUGGAAGGCUGCUGCGAAGCCUGUGGUGGCUGGGAUUGAGGACGAGCAAGGGUCUGCUGCGGAGGAGGAGAUGGAUGAUGCGGAAGAAGCUGGAGAUGAAGACGAUGACUUCUUUGAAAAGUAA